GUCGGCAUUGUCGGUAGUAGUGACAUUUCGGACUUCGAAGGUCUGUAGCAGUUUGUAGUGUUUGCAUAAAUACACAAAUGAUCUGCACGCUGCAGCAGUUGGUAGACAACGAAUUGUGAACAGUUUCUUUAAAAUUAUUGUUCUUUAAAAUUAUUCUUGAUUCAAUUUCGACUACAGGUGACGUCAGGUCAGAUUAUCGCUAUCGUAUAGCAUCGCAUAAUCUAUCAUCGCGAAAAUGUUUCAUUUGCGAAAUCUCACGCGGUCAUCGAUUGCUUUGAAGCAAGCAUCGAGUAAUGAUAUGCAGAGAAUUCUGAUGCGCGUCGCGCCGGCCGUCUGGCAAGCGGAGGCUUAUCGUGGUUAUGCUGAUCAUCAGAUACCUGACCGUCUUAAAGACGUGCCCGAGGCGCCGAAUCCCAAAUUCUUCGACAUGGUAGAAUACUUCUUUCAUCGCGCUUGCCAACUCAUUGAAGACAAGUUAGUUGAGGACAUUGGCAAACGAUCACGUGUUCCGAUCGAGGAGCGUAAAAAGAAGGUUAAGGGGAUUCUAAUGUUAAUGGAGCCCUGCGAUCACAUUCUUGAGACCACGUUCCCGCUUAGGCGUGACUCCGGCGACUAUGAAAUGAUUACCGGCUAUCGCGCUCAACACUCCACCCAUCGAACGCCCUGCAAAGGAGGUGCGUCACUAAAAUCCGGACAAAUUUCAAUUUAAAUUUUUCGCUAUAUUAUGCCAGAAGUUGUUAUUGAUGU